UAUGUUUCCCAAUCAAAAACCAGAUUAAUUUGAUCUAUCCUAAUUUUCAGAUGAAUAAAUAAUGGAAUUCAUAAAAAGCAAUCCUGAAGUUCAUAAUAAAUAUUAUAUCUAUAGCUUAAAUAAAAAUACGAUCAAUUUCUUUUCUAAUAAAAGAAAGCUAAUAUUCAAACUAAUCAACUUAAAACCAAACCCUUGACAGAUUCAGAAUAUCUGGUACUCAAUUUAUUAAUAAAUCCAUUUUCAGAAGCUCAAAGAUAUCUAAGAAUAUUUAGAUUAAGAAGGUGGUAUGAUGAUUGAACCAACACCUCACUUUGUACUAAAAGCUUUUGAUCAGAAUGGAGAAAAAGUCUUCUUUAAUGUAACUGCUCAUUCUGUUGUUGAUGCUCCUGAAGAAAAACAACUUAUUGAUUAUAACAAUGAAGUUGGCAUUAGAGUACCUAUGAGUGUUGGAAACAUCAAAGAAGAUCAUGAUGUAAGUAAUAAUGUAAAUCUAAAUCAACAUAGAAGGUGAUACUUGCAAAGUCAUUGAUUUAAUCAUUAAUCCAACAGUUGCUACCAAUCUAACCUAAGAUGAUAAUUUAAAAACUUUCUUUUGUUAACUUGUCUAAACUUAUGUAGAUUAAAAAUACAAAUUAAAGUUAUAAGAUAGUAUUAAUCAAUUAAUAUCAUUAGAAUUUAUCUCUCUUAAAAUGAAAUAUAAAGGAAAAAGCAUAUAAUUUCAAAGAGUGAAAGGAAAAAAACCACCAAAGGUUUAAGUAAUAGAUGAAAAACCUAAUUAAUCCACUCCUCAGAAAAAUAAUAAUGAUGAUGAAGAUGAAACAGAAUAAAGUAAAAUUAUUACAAUCUAUAUAAGUAAGGAAAAGACAGAGAGAGGAAUUCGAAAAAUAAUAAAUAUCUUCUCAACCACCCACUUUUGUUAUUUAAGAACCUGAAUGGGAAUUAUACUUAAUUUAUCCUAAUAUGGAAUAAGAAUAUGAUGGAGAUCUGGAUUUUAAUGCAAUUAAAUAAUAUAGAUUUUAAAUUCUCACUCCUCUUUUAAUAACAGGAAAAGCUAUCAAAUUAAAAGUAGAUGAAGAUUAAUUCUAAAUGAUUGCUGGAAAAUUUUAUAAAAUUUCAUUGAGAUUUCCUUCAAAAAUUAAUAAAGCUUCUGUAAAAGCUCUCUUUCUUACAGAGAAACGAACAUUAUGGAUAUCUGCAGAUGUAUAUUUUGCAUCUUAAAUUUUAGGUUUAUAAAUAAAAUGAGAAUGCAGAUUAACAAGGGAAUCAAUAAAAAGAGGAAUAAGUAAAUAAUGUUUAAAGUACAUCACAGUAAUCUAAUAGUAAUUAUGAUUUAUAAAAUAAUUUAAUAUUUGAUAUUGUUUGA